AUGAGCGAGCCUUUGAGCGGGGCGAGCCUCAUCGAGAAUGGCUGGUUUUUGGAGAAGAACAGCCAGUGGCCUGGCCAGGCCAACGCCCUGCAGGUGAAGGAGGUGCUCCUGCACAAGCGCACCAAGUUUCAGGACCUCCUGGUCUUUGAAUCCACGAGUCACGGCCAUGUGAUCGUGCUGGAUGGCGUGAUCCAAAUCACCGAGCGGGACGAGAUGUCCUACCAGGAGAUGCUGACGCACCUGCCAAUGUUCUCCGUGGACAAUCCCACGCAGGUGCUCAUCAUCGGGGGCGGGGAUGGCGGAGUGCUGCGGGAGGUGGUGAAACACCCCUGCGUCCAGAAGGUCACUUGGUGCGAGAUUGACGGAGAUGUGGUGGACGCAGCCAAGCGAUUUAUGCCCAGUGUGGCUGUGGCUGUGGGAGAUCCCAAAGUGGAGCUGCUGGUGGGGGACGGCGUGGCCUUUGCCGAGAACGCCAAGGCCAGGGGGUUCAUUGAGGAGGAGUUCGCGGAGGAGAAGUACGAGGAGAAGAAGAAGGAAAGAUCUAGGCCUUUAUCCCGGAGCCGAGCGGCGCUACCCGGCCUCGCAUCUAUGACAGAUGCCCGUGUGGCGGAGCUGAAGGAUGCGUGGGCCAAGAGAGGUGGAGAUGAGGCGACCUUCAACGAGAUGUUGGGUCGAGGAGUGGACCCGAUGAGGACGGCCUGGAUCGCAGGUGAGAUGGUGAGGAAUGAGCUGAUGGACCUGGCCGAGAGUACUUUAUCCCCCAACUGCCUGAUUGAGUACCAGUGCUGGGAUAACCAUUGGCGUGAUCAAGGCCAUUCACUGCUGCAAGUGGUGGAUUGGUUCAAGAAGGAGGAUCGACUACUGACGGGGCGUCAUCUGAUAGCAUCCGACGGCUACUACCAGCACUACGCGGAGGAGAGCUUGAAUCUGGAAAGUGGUGUGUAUCACCUUUGCCAGGGUCCAGCCCGGAGCUGCCGCUACCGAAUGCCCCGUGGGAGUGCCCGAGAGCUGGUACACAUUGACAAGUGGCGGCUCCGACUCCUGGAGCAGGUGAUCAAGACUGCCUAUAGCAGUGGUGUGGGGCUCCGACUCCUCAAAGAUGAGGGGGAGAAAAGAGAGCUGCCAUUGGGCAACCUGCCAUUGCCGGCAGCCCCUCAGUCGGGCGAGGGCCCUUUGGACCAAGCCGUGAAAGAGAGUAAAAAGGCGAUUGGUGAAAUGGAGGAGUUCUGGAGGAAUGAAGGGGAGAGAGUUGACGAGAGAGAAACGCGACCAAGGCAGAGGUCUCGGUCCCGUCGUCGGAGGCGAGGUGAAGAUGAUGAGUUGGGAGAUUUGGUGCAGCAAAGGAUUAGGGCGGAGAGAUCCAGGAAGAGAAGCGCGAAAAGGACCCGCUCCGAGGACCGAAGGCACAAGCGAAAGGAGCGGAGGAGAUCGAGCAGGGACUCGCGCUCUGAGGAUGCGCUUUUUCGCGUGGCCCCCGCCCGGGGGGGGCGAGAUGUUCAAAAGGUAGCAGAGAGGGAACCCGGGAGGCUGGUGAAGGAGGCUUUGAUCGAGAUGGGCCGGUACCUGGAAGGGAAAACUGGCGAGGCAGGCGAAGAGCAGUGGAAGACAAGGAAGUUCAUGGCCUACAUAAACCAGAUCAUGCUUGUGAGCCACCCCCCUGGAAAGAUAGGGGUGCGAAAUCACAGAGAGGUCAUCACGGUCGGGACCGCACUGGACCUCAUCCUAGAAGGUCGGAUCAUGGGCGCGGCCGACCUUCUGGUGCAGAGGCUGAAGGCGCUGGAACAGAGCUUCACCGACAACACGUGGGCAACAGCUCGUCAUCAAGAGCUCAUCCCGCCCAGCGCGGCUUCCAUCAGCGGGCUAGAGGAGCGCGAUUUGGCUAUGAGGGCGGAGUUGAAGGCGGUGAAGCUCAAGGAAGCGCUGGAGAAGCGGAAGAAAUAG